GUGACUUCUGUUUGCGAGUCGAAGAUCAGCGUAGCUACAAAGUCUCGAGUUUCGUUGAUUAUUCUCGCCGUGUGCUUCUUGUCCAUCCGUCGAUAUCUGCUCGAACAGCGAUUACGAAUUGGCAGGUUCUGCAGUCAGAGCACGCUGGAGAAGCAUUAGUCGGUAGCGUAGCUGUAAAUGACGGAGCGUUAUGAACCGCCCGAAGCGCGAGUUGCAUUGACCAAGGAAGAGAUUCACAAUCGAUACCAAGACACGGCCCUGGUUAUAUUCAAAGAACAACAGAGUAAAAGGGAAGUCGUCAACUAUCUGACUUUUGGUACCAGUCGCAGGACCAUGGAAUACAGUAGCUAUGGAAAUCAACCCGUUAUUGUACGAAGACCGGCCGGACCGUUGGCGGUCCAAAACACCGAAGACUUGUCUUCGCAGAUAUUAAGGAUAUACAGAAAGCCUCGGGACAGUUGUGUAAUAAAUUAAUGUACGAUUUAAUCGUUGUUUUCGGGUCGUG